AUGACCAAAAAGGGGAAAAAACGAUUGACCCAACGGAAGGGGGUCCGUAUAAGUGGCCAGCAAACAAAGAGAUCUGUCUCCGAGGAGAUGACUGAAGAAGAUACGAAUAGCAAUAUUUCUCUAGAAUUGCCUCCUUCUGUCACUGUUUCUUCUGCGGAAGCAGCUAUAAUGCUUCCUGGAGAUAUGCCUCAACUGGUUGAAGUACAGCAUACAGUUCAACCAGUCGCUGCCGUACAGGAAGACUCCUUAUUAAAUAGGGUGCCAGUUGGUCCUUCUACAGAGGACUUAGCAGAAGCUGGGCCUUCCACUUUACUAGAUCAAGUUUGUGCUUUGUCAGCUUUAGUAGCGGCUGUUCAAGCUAUUAGCGUUAUUGGUGUUGACCACGGGAUCAGUGAUGCGCAACAUAUCGACUAUUAUGCCCAUCCUAAGUAUGAAUACAAAUAUGGAGUCAGUGAUCCUCAUACCGGUGAUAAUAAGUCCCAACAAGAGUCACGCGAUGGAGAUGUCGUUAAAGGUUACUACAGUGUUGCUGAACCUGACGGUACCCAUCGCACUGUCCAUUAUACAUCGGAUAAACACAGUGGAUUCAAUGCUGUUGUGGAAAGGACUGGACACGCUGUUCAUCCUCAAAUUUAUGGAAAGGAAACUGGUCCUGUAUUCCAUCAUUAA